CCCCUCGCCACUUCUGUAAGAUGAAAAGUUAAGUACACAUUAACUUCCCAAUGCCCAAUAGUCAAGCUGAAGUUUCAUCUGGAAUAAGAAUGAUAAUUGUAUAUUAAAGAUAUUAUUUGUCCUUUGUAUUUUACCUAAUCAAACUCGAAUGUUUCUUUUUAACAUUUGGUAGUAAACAAGCUGAUAGCCUGGGCUCACUAGGAAUCUUCACAUUGUUGGCCUUCUUAGGUUCCGGGGUAGGGAAAAGCAGCCUUGUGCAUCCAAACCACACCCCACACCUCCGCACAUGUAGAGGAACCUAAGAACGAAGCUCAGAAAAGAAGAACCAUUUCAAAGGCUAUGGUACAGGCUGGAUGAACUCAUCCCUGUGCUGUGCCAGCAAGUGGAGGAUGGAAAGUCUGGCCAAUCCUUAGACAUUUUCUGAUGGAAUCAUCACACACCCAUGAAAGCUGAGGUCCUUUCCACAGCUUUGGGAUUAUUUGAACUUGUCCAAGCCCUUCCUUAGCUGGCACUUGCCUGGCAGGCCUCAGUUUGCCCUGCCCUUCCCUUCCCUCUGUCUGCACACCUAAGUACUACACACAUCUAAGUACUACAUCACAUAUCAUUGGCCACUAAUAUAAUAUGAUUAUGAAAAGCAGGUGUUUAGUACUUUCCCUGACCAUGUAACUAAGAUGCUUGAGGUGUCUGAAUCCUUGCACCAAGCACACCAGGAGAUUUGGGCCAUUGCUAUUCUCCACCCCCACCCCCCUUAUUGAAGUUUCCAGAGCCAUGGCUCAUCUGCUAGGGCAGGUGACAACUCUAAUGACUCCAGAGCAAAAAACAAAGUGGCUUCAGAAAGGGUCCCCUUGACAUUUCCAGAGACAUCGUGCUUGGGGAAUUUAGAAGAAACAAGCAUUAGGAAGGGAAGAACGUGAAACCAGAUGGCGAAGUGGCUGAAGUAUUCUCUCUGAUUGGAGCUUAGUUGGGCACUCUCUCCUCAUCAAUGCCAGAGCUCGAAAACUCUUAGAAGCCUAACUUGGAGUACGACCAACCUACGUUCAUUCACCCUGAGGUCUGGGAACAGUAUACAGAGAAUGCAAUUAGUCAGUCUGCAAUAUUCGGCUCUCUGGGCCCUUACGCCACCCAGUCUCCUCCUUACAGAAACUAAGGAAUGUGCUUGGGAGACUUCAGUUACUUUCAAGGACUGUGCUUGGGAGACUGCAGGUGGCACGAUCAGCAACCGUCCAAUCAGUAAACUUACCAGGGUAACAGACAAGCCCAUUUAGCCUGCAUCCAUAAGUUCCAGCCUUUUACCCCUCUCCUUUAGUUCUCCGAGAGCCUCUUUGGAAGCAUGAUGCCACGAUGCUGCAUCUUGGUUCUUGUCUGGGGGAUAACAGUCUUCCUCUCCCAGUGUUCACAAGGAACUACAGAUGCUCCUGUUGACUCAGGACCAUGGCUGUGCCAGCCAGCGCCCAGGUGUGGGAACAAGAUCUACAACCCUUCGGAGCAGUGCUGUUACGAUGAUGCCAUCUUGUCCUUAGAGCAGACCCGUCGCUGUGGCUCCAACUGCACCUUCUGGCCCUGCUUUGAGCUCUGCUGUCCCGAGUCCUUUGGCCCCCAGCAGAAGUUUCUUGUGAAGCUGAAGGUUCUGGGUACGAAGUCUCAGUGUCACUCAUCUCCCAUCUCCCGGAGCUGUAUCGGAUUUCUAUUGCAUCACAUUUUCUUUAAGAUCCAUAUUUUUAAUUCUUUAUCUGGCAUUUUGAGGAAUUCUUUGUUAUUGGGAUCUACUGCUGGACAAUUGUUAUGAUCUUUCACGUGGUGUCAUAUCUUCCUGCUUUUUCAUGGUGACUGUGUCCUUCUGUUGAUAUCUACACAUUGGGUGUAGCAGCCAAGUCACUUGUUCCAGUUUGUUAAAAUUGCUUUUGUAGGGGAUAAUUUUUUCCUGAGGAUGUACGUUGUUAAGACACUUUGAUUUGGGGCACUGUGAUAGGAACAGGAGGCAGGAAAAUUCUAGGCACAAAAGGGCAGGGUCCCUGGUAAGAGACCCACCCUCAAGGCUGGAACCACGGCCCAUGGGGGAACUUUACAUCCCUGUUUUCCUGCUCAAAUGUUGCCUUUUCCAAAACCACUCCUGGACUGCCCCGUCACCCCUGCCCCUGUCCCGUACCCAUAAAAUCCCCAGGCUCCACUGGCAGAGAGCAGAGAAGGGAAGAAGAGGAGAAGCACCUGGACAUCGGAGACUACAGAUGAACUUCAGAGAGAAGCAACUUGACU